AUUAAGCCUUGAACUGUUAUUCUCUGAAUUUAAUAACUUUAAAUGUUGAAAUUACAUUUAAACAACCAAAUCAUAAAGUAUAUUUACAAGGUAUCAAUUCCAAAACUUUGAUCUUUAUACAAAGUGCUCCUAAAGUAGAAACCAUCUACCACUCACUCUCAUUCUCUCAACUUUGUUUCUCAUUCAAAAAGCUACAAAAAGACAAACACACAUUCAAACAAACACCCAAACAAGUGAAACAACUAACCAUCCUUCUUUAACAUUUCUUCUCCCUUUCCCUUUCUCUCUCACUCCCCUCAAAUCUCUCUCUUGUCCAUAAUAAUGCCAUUUCAUUCACACUCCCUCUUCCCACUCACUCCAUCACUCCUCCUUCUCCUCCUCCUCCUCCUCCUCUCUCUCCUCCACCCCUCCAUUGCACACUACAACCCACCACCCUCCUCCUCCUCCCCACUCCUCUCCCAAUGGGAGUCAGCGAGUGCAACAUACUACGCCGCGGCAGACCCCCGCGACAUCGUCGGUGGUGCAUGUGGUUACGGCAACCUCGAAAAAGCCGGCUACGGUAAAGCUACUGUUGGGUUGAGCACUGCUUUGUUUCACAAGGGUCAGAUCUGUGGCGCUUGUUUUGAAGUUAGGUGUGUUGAGGAUCUUCGGAAUUGUAUUCCGGGUACUUCUAUUCUUGUUACUGCUACUAAUUUUUGUGCUCCCAAUUUUGGGUUUGCUGCUGAUGCUGGUGGUCGCUGCAAUCCUCCCAAUAAGCAUUUUGUUCUUCCUAUUGAAGCUUUUGAGAAGAUCGCUCUUUGGAAAGCUGGCAAUAUGGCUGUUCAAUAUCGAAGGAUCCGAUGCAGAAAGGAAGGAGGGAUUCGGUUUACCAUCGAUGCAUCUGGAGUAUUUAUGUCUGUUCUCAUCAGCAAUGUUGCAGGGGCAAGUGAUGUUACCGCCGUAAAAGUUAAGGGGUCACAAACUGGAUGGCUUCCGAUGUCAAGGAAUUGGGGACAGAACUGGAUACUCAAUGCUAAUUUGGAAAAGCAGCCUCUUUCAUUCGAGGUCACUACAAGUGAUGGGGCUAUUCUCAAAUCAUAUAAUGUAGCUCCAAGGAGUUGGAAAACUGGCCAAACAUUUGAAGGAAAACAAUUCGAUUAGAGAGCUACAAUUUGUGAUCUUAUACUACGAAAUUAUUGGAUUAGAGUUCAGUUGUAUAAGCUAUUCUUGCACCACCUUCAUUAGUUAGGUUAAACUAAAGAAUGAGCCAAAGGCUUAGGAUAAAUUCUAGAUCUCUGUAUCAUUGUAUAUGGAUGUACACUAUUCCCCAUUUUUGAGGUAAAUGGAAUUUAUGGCUGGUAGGUCAUUGCCAUCUUCUUUACU